AUGUGGUUGCCAGGCAACAAGAGGCGAAGUGAAUCAAUGGAUUCUGCCUCACUAUUAAAUAUAUGAAUAGCAGGUUCGUAACCGCAGAGGAUAUAUUAAUUCUGGGAGAAAGACGUUGAGCAAACAUAUUGGAUUUUUUUGUCUUUGGUACGGGGAAGCUAACGUUCACGCACUUCAUCCUAAAAUGUCGGUGAUUUUAACAGCCUGUAGAAAAAGUAAGCAAAAUGCCAUAGAGAAGGCUCUCAAGAAGAAAGCGGCCGAUAAAAAAGCCAAGCGUGAAGCAAAAGAAGCUCGAAUGAUGGCGUACCAAGCAGACCAAGGAAUGCCAUCGAUGCAUACCGAAUGUCAUGACACAACCACCUGGAAUUUCAUGAUAUCUGAGGAAACUUACAAUAUUUCGUUUAGAAUGUACACAGGCGAAGUUUACUGCAACGGAGAAAAACUAGACGCCAUGGAAACAUUCAGUGAAGAUGAUUGCAGUUGUACAUACGACUUUGCCAUGAAUGGACACAAAGGCCGUAUCGUCACACGUGAAGGGGCUCCUAAUACCCUGACCGUGGAUGGAAUGUUGGUACCCAAUUGAUGAAAAAAUAUCUUCCAAUCAGGGAGCAUCAGUGGGCGUUUUGACUUUUUUCCCGCCAUCUGUGAUAAAUACAAAAUAAAUAAUAAUAAUUCAUUCAAUACAUUUUUUUUUAAAAUGAUAAUUGUAAUUUUCAAAAGAAUUUUUGGUACAUUGGAUGUAUAAAUGAGGUCGCUUACACUGAGAUGCUUAAACUUUUAAGGGGACCAUACUGUUGAUUUUGUUGUAUAUAAGUGACAUUAGUUGAUCAAAGUCAGAUGAUUAAACAAGACUUUCCAAUAAAAUGUAAGAACUUUUGUUGAUGCUGGAUUUCUUGUGAGGAUAAUUACGCUUUUAAUUUACACAUUUCCUACUAGUUUGAAUGUUUAGCUUUUGAAAUACGUCAUUAUUUGCAAAUGCUGCAUCGAAUAAGCACUGUAGUGUUAUAUUUUGAAGCGUUAUGUAAUGAACCAUUUGCCUGUUUUGUAUUUAAUCAUUUCUCACACAAUAUUUUAUCUUUUAAAAAUAAUUUGUAAGGUUGUAUUUUAUCUAAAAUAUAUUCACAAUUAUUUUUAAUUUUUAUUUUGAAAUGUUUGAAUGUUUUUACUCAGUAGAUACUGUAUUAUGUUAUUGUUAUGUUGAAAUGCAGAUUGAUAUAAUUCAUUUACAUUUUGUACAUCAUUAAGCAGUCUAGAAUUGAUUGAAACCUCUUUGCUUUGUGUAUUUCAUAAAAAAAAUAUAAAUGUGCCUUUCCCUUACAUAAGAAGAUAUUUUAAAAACCGACCUCACUCGGUUUAUAAGCGUUUUUUGUGGUUGUACCUUCAUUAAAUAAAUGACGAUUUAAUAGAAGAUUUAAAAGUAAAUUUGAUUUGGGGAGUUUUCAUUUACAUACAUGUAAUGUAUAUUUGUGAUAUUAAAUGAACCAAGUACUUUUUUGCUUAAAAUAUAAGCAGAAGAAUAACACAGAAAAUGGAGGCAUGUUAUAUAGAUUACGUCAAAGAAACACCUAUAUUGGGUAGAGUAUUAUUUUACAAAUUAGAAAUGGUUUGACAAGUAAAUGAAAAGAAUAUUUAAAAAUUCGAAAUUUGUGAUAAGGUGUUUGAGAAGUGCUAAAUUAUUUUUUGUUUUUUUAUUUUAUAAUAAGGGUAACUAUAUGUGUUAAUAUGUCUCUUUUGUAUCAUUGUUAGACUUCAUAGUAAAUAAUUGUUGUGGAACUCUUUUCAUGCAUUCUUUAUUUUCGCAUAAAAUAUAUAAAGGUUGAUUAAACUCAGCCUUAUUACACAAGUUUGUAUUCUUUUUGAUUCCAAAGUGCCAAGGUACUGAUAUCCAAUGCGUAUGCGAUAAUAAAGCUUACAUGAUAAAUGUUCUAUAGCAGUAUUCCAUUCACUCGUACGAUCCCAGUACAUAAUGUACACGGGCUAGAUGAACUUGUUUUUGUAACUGUUACGUAAAUAAAGAGAUAUUGCAAUA